CCUCCUCGUCCUAAGAAGCAGAAUUAGCCACUGGAAUCUCAUGCACUUGUUUCCUACGCUGCCCGAGAAAGAGCUGACGGCAUGAAGGGACAACACAGAGAAAAUGCAAAGAAGCACACAGAGAGGGAUUAAGAGGAAUCUGAAAAGUGUAUGAUAAAGAGGGAGCCUCUGAGGAGGAUGAAGACGCUGAACAUCAAGCCGCCUGCUGUUUGAUGCAGCUACAGUGUGGGCAUGUGGCUGCCUGUGCCGAGCAUUUCCCUCUCCACUCCACAGCUGACUGGCGUGAGGUCUGCGCUCAUGUCUGCACUCCGUGCUACUUUAUUUAUCUCUUCACAGUAACGUGAGCGUACUUUUAUUUAUUCCACCUCAAAGGGGACCUCUGUGUGUAUUACUUUAUGCUGGCUGACAGGCUGACAUUUGGAUUCUCUACUGGUCGAAGGAUCUGGAUCACUUCGAUUCUCGUGAAGAACAGAGGAGACCAAUGUGGUGCUCAGUCAGAGCUGCUGUUGUGCUCCUCCUCUGGCAACAGCUGGCCCCUGAACAAGAGACGUGUGCUGAGAUCUGAAGGAGAAACAUCUCAUGUGGACAAGGCGAGCAGGCGAGGAGACACAUCGUAGGGAUGCAAAGUGAAGGUUGUGAUGCCCGGACGUCUUUUCCACAUUGACUUUUAAGAGCCAGAAGAGUUGAGGCACUUGAGGCUUGAGUCACGCCAGUAGCCGAUCGAGGGAGAGAAGUGUCGAGCAAGAAGAUAACGUGGGAAAGAGAAGUUGACAGUGGAAGGAUACAGGAUGAUCUUGGGAAGCGUAAACCGACCGGGGCCGGUCCCUGCCUUCCUCAGGAGCCCGCCUGUCAUCCCAGCCCCGCUGGACAUGAAGCCCUUUCUCCAGUUCCCCCUGGAGUCACCUCACCCGGCCAGCAUCGGCCUCUUCCACAACUUUAAUACAAUGGACCCCGUCCAGAAGGCUGUGAUGACGCACACCUUCGGGCCACCUAUGGUGAAGACAAAGCGGCCAAUCAUCUCCUGCAACGUCUGUCAAAUACGUUUCAACUCAGAGAGCCAAGCAGAGGCCCACUAUAAGGGGAACCGCCAUGCUCGGAGGGUGAAGGGUAUCGAGACAUCCAAGACAGCUCGUCUCCAAGAUGGCGAUAAGCAGCACCCUCCCCCAACUGCUUCGCCUACCCCACCAGGCCCCUCGCCAUCCAGCCCUGAGCCUGAUCCUAAUAAGCAGGAUGACACCCAAUCCUGUCCCAACUUUAACAAGUCACCUCUGACCCCUACCCACCUUCCAACGCUCACCCUCAGCUCAGCAGACGCAGAGUGCCCCCUCUUGUCUUCUGUCAGCACGCCUUUGCCAUCCUCUCCCACCGCCGCCCUCAGCAGCCCCCCUGCAGAUCCGACAGCGGCCGGUCUUCCUGACACCCCAUCCCCAGCACCAAGCCCUUCUUCAGGAGAGUCGGAGGAAGAGAAAGCCAAGAAGCUUCUCUACUGUUCCCUGUGCAAAGUAGCCGUUAAUUCCCUCUCACAACUGGAGGCACAUAACAAAGGUACCAAACACAAAACCAUUCUGGAGGCUCGGAGUGGACUGGGACCCAUUAAAGCAUACCCGCGACUGGGUCCUAAACCCAGCCCAGAGCAAGGAGGGGAGCUGUCCUCUGACCCCAACACUCAGGAACGCACCUUCCACUGUGAGAUCUGCAACGUCAGAGUCAACUCAGAGCUGCAGCUUAAACAGCAUAUAUCAAGCCGGAGACAUCGGGACGGAGUUGCGGGGAAACCUAAUCCUCUUCUCAGUCGGCACAAGAAGCGCACAGACUUUAUGGAACUUCCAAAAACUCUGGGGGCCGGACUUUUACCAAGUCCCCUGGCUGUUGCUGCAGCGAUGGCAGCUGCAGCCUCCUCCAAUCAACUGGCACUACGUCCUCCCUGCCCAACUUCCCAUCACCAUCCCCAUCAUCACCUCCUACAGGGAACACCCCUCAGCCUGCUGAGGCCCGCUCCCGGUCCCAUCCGCACCACGCACGGGCCAAUACUCUUCACCCCUUACUGACGGCACGAGAAAGAGGACAAAUCAGGAAGAAGCACACUGUGAAGUGGAGGCCUGCAACCAUGUGCCAUCAAGAGCCAAACCAGCUGGUGUGGCUCCGGCUGGUGUUUCAUCACGGAAAAAAACAAUAUGACUAGAUAUGACUCUUCAUGGUGCGUACUGUGGUUGCAGACCGCUACUGUUAUGUUGACAGGAAGAACCAGAGAUAACUGACGAAUCUCAGAUACUUCAAAGAGACCAUAUGUUUCAUCCUCCCCAGUUUCUCUUCAUCGCUCUUCACUGUCUGCCAAUCAUAAUAGACUCUGCAGAUAGUUUGAAGAGGAACUUAUAAACAGGUUUUUAUCAAGUAUGGACUUCUCUGACCAUCCUCCAAUCUGCAACUGACUAAUUAUCUUCCUCUAACAUAUGAUCCACUGUAUCCGACUCAAAAACCCUACCUCUCUUAAGUUUUAGCGUCCACCUCUGCAAGAAUUCAUUACAUAUCCAAAGCAGUAAUGUUAUCAGAAAAAUGCCCGCUGGGUUAGAUAUAGUAGUUGCCUCUAAUGUUAGCUGGCAUCAUGUUGUAGCUGUCACAGUAUAGUGGACUGUAAAGUUCUGUCUUUGUGGCCUAUAAAGAGAAAAUGGCACCAAGCAUUUACGUACCAUUUCUGCAAACAUUUCUCUGUACUGUAUGUCUACAUUUCCACUUCUGGCCUGUCUGAGCUAUAUUUACCUCUGUGGGAAAAGAAACAGGAAGUCAAAGAGGAACAGCAAAAGAGUAGAAAUAACAUUAUGUCUUUAAACUAUACUGAUGCAUACAUCAGCUGGAUUUAUGGUUUGGCAAAGGUUGUUGGGAAGAAUUCCUUCUGGUGCACUAUGCAGCUAUCGGUAUUUAUUCUAAUGCUCUGUGUAAAAUGCAGCAAGUUGGAGUAAAUAAGAAUACAAUGAAAGGAAAACCCAAUGCCAAGUUAGUGAAGAUCAAGAUGCAACCAUGUCCAGGUAAAUAGUUCCUCUAAUGAGUCCCUAGAUUCUCCCUGAAUGGCCACUGACAACAACCAUGUGUGCACCAAGUCCCACAAAGCACAUAAACAAGCCGUGAGUAGUCUACAUGUAAAUGGCUUGAACACAUUUAUGAUGACGACGAGCUAUCUUUUUUUUUUUUUUUUCCAUCUGCACCUCCGCUGUGCAAAGCAGAAAUGUUUCAGUGUCUUAAUGGUAUAGUUUCAACACUGUGAGCACAGCAUGACAAAAUGGUUUAUUUACUUUGGUAGCAGGUAUUUGCAUUAUGUGCACAUUUGAUUAUAACAGACCACAUUUUCACCACAAUCCCAUACGAGGAGUGUGAAAAACCGUGGGAUGGAAAAACACCAGCAUUAAGUUACAGAAAAAGACGAAAGGACCACAUACACAGAUGAGUAGUAUGCAAAAAAAAAAUCAAAACAAAAAAAAAAGAAGCAACAUACCAUAUUUUGGUAGUAUCAUAGGCCUGUAGUGGGAUAAAAAUGUUUAGUUUGUCUGCUCUGCCUCGUGUGCUCGGACUCUACAUGACCUUGAACUCUCCCAGUGAAAACUGUUCAUGAUGAAACAUUAGAGGGAAGCUUUAGGAAACGGAAACUGUAGCAAUACUUAAAGCACUCCUGCUAACUUUUCUUGUUAACUGCAAUAAAAAAGAAAAUGUCUACAAAUGUAUGAAUUGUUAUUUAGGAGAAGUGUAUUGAAACUGUACGUGUAGAUUAUUAAUAGGUAGGUACGGUACAUGUUGGGGCUUCCUAAUUGUUAAACUAAAACAAAAUUAUAUAGAAAAAUUAAGUUUGAGUUUAUGGUUGUAAGCAAUGUUGAUUUGUGAUUUUUUUUUUUCAUUUUUUUCAAAUGUAAUGAGAUAUAAGAGUACCAAUAAAUCACAAAUGCAA